UCGCGCUAUUGAAGUUUUUUGUAUUCGUUUGUAUAUAUACAAUUUACAAUGAAAGGCAUGUCGGAGUGACUGUGGCUAUACCGACCGAUAGUCUCAGGUACUCUUACCUCUUCGAUGUUGCGAGGCAUGGCCAACCUUGUGACAUUGACUUGGUAACGCGGUGGCGUGUGCAACAUACUUGGUUCUAAUAACCCUACCUUGGGCAGGGUAUGUAUGCAUGACACACUACAACGUGAUGACGGUUAAACACAUACGUGAUGACGUAUACAGCGAUAAAUUCCUGUCUCAUGGUAGGUGCUGUAUUACACGGGUGAUCCAUGUUGCUAGACGGUCGUAGUAACGUUGGAGAUCCCAUCCAUACUCUAACAUUACAGUCUCUGGCCAAGUCUGUGUUGUGAGAGUGUGAAAAACACCGUAAUAAACCUAGCCCGGCAAACCUCUACCCGAUGCAAAUCUGGGCUAUGAUGGUGCGUUACGAGAUCUGGUUCUCAAAUAGAACAAGAUCUGGUGGGUGCAAUGCUAGCAGUACCCGUUGUGUUAAGCCUUUUGCAUUUUUUUUAUCGUAACAUAAAAUCAACCCUCACUUAACAUAAUAUUUUGGAUUUAGCUGAAUACAAAGUUAACGGCUACGUAUCGAGAAAAUCCAAAUGCAUCUCGGUGUUCUACCCCAAUGAUACGACUACGUAUAGGGAAACGGGUUCUACCCCACUGAUACGAGCUAUAUAUUGGGGGUUUCUGGACCACGACUGCGACAGCGAGCGAAGCGAAGCUGGAGCAUUAGGAGUGGGCUAGAACUCCCAAUAUAUAGCUACUUACAUGUAUUUAGAAAAACAUCUGUUUAAAUAUGCUACAAUAAUCAUGAAUCAGUAUAUUACUACUUAUGACAUAUCACGUACCACCUUGAUACGCAUACUUAGCAAUUAAACAUCGUCACAGUAUCUACGCGACCUGCCGUACAUUAAAGUUGGCCAUACACGCUACGGUCUACCGUAGAGGUCAUCUAUGCAGGUAUGCCUGCGCAGGUCAACCGAACAUUGGUAGCGUGUAUGGGGACGUUCCGGUGUAACGGAGCGGUCUUCAGUUCUUUUUGCGAUGGCAUCGAAUGAGGACGAUGACGCGCUGGCAUUGCUAGGCCUUGCUUUAAUUUUGAAGAUAAAAGAAACAAAAACAGUGAAAAGGAAGCGAAAAAAGUGGUGUAAGCAUUGGUUAUUGAAAAGGAAAACAUAUAGUCAUGUUAAUUUAUUGAAUGAAUUAAAAUUUGAACCAGAAGAUUUUAAAAACUAUCUCCGAAUGGACGAUAAAACAUACCUUAAAUUACUUGAAAUGGUUACUCCUAUGAUAAAAAAAGAAGACACAGUUAUGAGAAAUAGUAUUUCUGCGCACGAAAGAUUAUCAGUUACAUUGAGAUUUCUCGCAACUGGCAGAAGUUAUGAGGACCUAAAAUUUUCAGCAAUUAUUUCGCCUCAGGCGCUUGGAAAAAUUAUUCCUGAAACAUGUGAGGCCUUGUACAAAGUUCUUAGAAGAAAUUAUUUGAAGUUUCCUUCAUCUGAAGAAGAGUGGAAAGAAAUUGCAAAGAUGUAUGAAGAACGAUGGAACUUUCCUCAUUGUCUUGGUGCAAUAGAUGGAAAGCACAUAGCGAUUGUUCCACCGGCUAAUAGUGGAUCGUAUUUUUAUAAUUAUAAAGGGCAACAUAGUGUGGUUCUUAUGGCAAUUGUUAAUGCAAAAUACCAAUUUGUGUACAUAGAUAUUGGCAUGAAUGGUAGAAUAUCCGAUGGAGGGGUUCUACAAAACACAAUUUUUUUUGAAAAAUUAGAAAAUAAUGAUUUACAUAUUCCAAGCAGUGAAUUGUUAACAGGAAGUAACCGAAAUUUACCAUAUGUAUUUGUGGCAGAUGACGCUUUCCCAUUACGCCCCGAUAUGAUAAAACCGUUUCGGCAGGCAGAUUUAACAUCGCGAGAAAGAAAAAUCCUGAAUUACAGAUUGUCUCGCGCGAGGCGCACUGUUGAAAAUGCUUUCGGGAUAAUGGCAUCACGAUUUCGGAUAUUUUAUACUCAUAUAAAUUUAGAACCCGAAAAUAUCGAUAAAGUAGUGAAAGCAUCUUGUGUAUUACAUAACUUUUUAAUUGAACACUCAAAAAAGUCUUAUGCACCUCAAAAAUGUUUUUAUCGAGAAAACUCUGAAAACGGGACUAUAAUUUCUGAAGGAUACAAUACACAAAAUAGUACCAUGGAAAACUUGGAAAGAAGAAACCCAGGAAAUACUUUGAACAACGCGAAGAUAGUCCGAAACAAUUUUAUGAAUUAUUUCAAUCAGGAGGGAAGGGUACCAUGGCAAAAUGAUCAUGUUAAUUAAUAAAUAAAUCGGAUCGUUAAAAAUGUAAAAAAUCGUUAAAAAACGGAUACGGAUCUUUAUUUUCGAUGAUACGGAUAUCCGGAACAUCACUAAUUGUUAUAUUAUAAGCUUUGGUGAAAUUUAGAAUGACGGUAAAUACAAAAUAAUUAAAUGUGUUCUACGAGUAUGUAUUCAACUUAAUAAAAAUGUAUAUUACGAAGUAUGAAAUAUUUUACUUACCUCACAACUAUUUUCGUCAUCACUAUCUAAGUUAGAUGAAGAUUCCCUUGGAGUGCAUUGAUCAUGAAUGAAAUUGAACAAAUCGUAGUACCACAGUUUUAUACAGUACACAUCAUCAGCAGAUGCCCCAGACUUUAAAGAUUGAUCAUAUUUCUUCUUUUCCUUCCUAACAUUGCUUCUUAAAUUAUUGAUUUUUUCACAACUACUUCUUUGUUCGCAUCUGGCUCAAUUUCUCUCAAUUUUUCUAUGAGUAAUUUAUAAGCAGCUUCUUUUUUGUCUCGAUUAUGGUAAUCUUUGUUUUUAAUUUGCCAAAGACAUGGAUGACUUCUAUAAAUUUCGAUAAAAUCUUCAAGGAUUUUUUUGGUUGAAUUUGGUGGCGCCAUUUUCGAUGCGAGCGACGAGACAACCGUCCGAAAGAAACACUAAACAACUGACGCGACCUGCGCAGGCGACCGGAGUACACGCACACACGCACAGGUUACACCGUACGGUGUCACUCGAAAGAAUUGAUUUUCGAUCUUGCGCCGGUCGCCUGCGCAGGCUCAAAAAACUGUACAGGUCUAUUC